UUUUUUUUUUAAUCUUUAAUGUAUUCUUCAAUUUCUUUUCGUCAAGAUUUACUUGAUAAUUUAUAUAAUGUCUUGAAAGAUCCUUUAAAAUAUGGCGAUAAAUUUCUUUUACAGAUUACGAGAACACCUCAAGAUGGUUUAGUGCCUGUCAGUUUACUACAUGAUAUGGCCAGAGUACUAAAUCAUGUCCCUUUAGAAUAUAUCAAAUAUUGUAUACCUCUUGAUAUUUAUCACAGAUUCAGAUGGAAUGUUGACGUUUCUCGUGUUGGAUUAAAGGAGAAUGAGCAUUAUUAUGAAACAGAUCCAUAUGGGUUCGCAAUUGAUGAUGAUAAUGACGUGCAAGAUAUACGAGAACAUGACCGUGUCUUACCUGUAAUCUAUGAUGAUGGCAAAUUUUAUAUUGAUAAUGAUCAUUCUAGAUUUCGAAAUACUAGUCAACACACAUCAUCACUCGAAUAUGAUGUUUUAAACAUCACUCCAUUAGGCCAGACAGAUAAUGAUAAUCAUAAUUCCAUUAGUUUAUCAACUGGUAAUACAUGCUUUAAUUGUGAUGAAUCAAAUCAUUCAGUUAAAGAUUGUCCGUAUCCUUAUAAUAAACAAAGGAUAGCAAGACGACGACAGGAACUACUUGUAACAACAAAGCGUCUUCAUGAAGUACUGGAACUAGAACAAAUAAAAACUUCUUUUAAGCCCGGUAUAAUAUCAGAUACAUUAAGAGAAGCACUAGGAAUUCAAAAAGAUGAAGACCCACCUUAUUAUACUCAAAUGAGAUGGUAUGGAUAUCCUCCUGGUUAUUUAGUAACAAAUUAUACAGAACAAAAGGCUCCAUGUCAAUUAAAGAUAUAUUACGACAGUCAUUAUGAAGUUGUUGUGGAUUCAAAGGAAGAAGAAAAGAUAGAAGAAGCUCAUACUGAAUUAGUGCAUUAUCCGGGACUAAAAUUUAUCAAUACAAGCCGUCUUGAUGAAUACAUUCAACCAGCGACAGCGGAUCAAUCGUCCUUAUUAGCAGAUCAACAAUACUGGUGGAACUCAUACUAUUAUCAACAGGAUUAUACAAACAAUCCGCUAGAGAGUGCUCAAACAGCAUAUGAGUCUUAUAUGAAACAUCAAUUACAACAGCAGGAACAACUUUAUCCUCCAGGAACCGAUUUUCAAUACGAGACUAUAACAUCAGAGUCAAGUUAUAAUAAAGCAAUAAUUGAAACACAAACAAUAGACCAAAACAAGCCUAAAUUAUCUAAUAAUGCGGAUGAUGAGACUGUCGAGAUGAAUAUUUCCGAUGAUGAUAUGGAUAUUUCAUCUGAUGAUGAUAUGUAAUUCUAAAAAAGGCAAAUAAAGUCACUAAGAUAAAUCCUCCCCCAUUUUUUACAAUC